ACCUCAGUGUGAGCGAUGGGGCCGGGGCUGCUGCAGCGCGUGCCUGGGCUGCUGCGGGCUUCGGGGCUGCGUUGGGGACGAUGUCGGAGGGCGUUCAGCGUGCGGGCGGACGGCCUGCUGCUGCGCCAGCUCUUCGAAGCCAAGAGUUGUACCUACACUUACCUAUUGGGGGACCGGGCCACUGGGGAGGCUCUGCUGAUCGAUCCCGUGCUGGACACCGCCUCCAGGGAUGCUCGACUCGUCCAGGAUCUCGGUUUGCGCCUCUUGUAUGCAGUCAACACUCACUGCCAUGCGGACCAUGUCACAGGCAGCGGUCUCCUCAGGUCCAUGAUUCCUGGUUGCAAAUCUGUCAUCUCCCGUCUCAGUGGGGCCAGAGCUGACCUGUUCCUGGAGGACGGUGACAUCUUGACCUUUGGGCGAUUUGCCCUGGAGGCCCGGGCCAGCCCAGGCCACACAGAUGGCUGCCUGACUUUUGUCCUGAGUGACCACAGUGCAGCCUUCACCGGGGAUGCCCUGCUCAUCCGCGGAUGUGGACGCACAGACUUCCAGCAAGGCUGUGCUAAGACCUUGUACCAUUCAGUCCAUGAGAAGAUCUUCACCCUUCCUGGGGACUGCCUCAUCUACCCAGCUCAUGACUACCAAGGGCACACAGUGUCCACUGUGGAAGAAGAGCGGACCCUGAACCCUCGCCUCACGCUCAGCUGCGAGGACUUCGUCAAGGUCAUGAACAACCUCAACCUGCCCAAGCCCAAGCAGAUCGACGUCGCUGUCCCGGCCAACAUGCGCUGUGGCAUUCAGGAGCCCCCCAGCUGACUUCCUCAUGGGGGCACCCCACAACUCAGCACCUCAGCUCCACUUGCUCCCACUGGGAUGAGGUUCUAACAGUGAGAGACCCCAAUCCCCCUCCACAUUCUGUUAAUAAAACUUUUUUUGCCCAAA